CUCGUCAUAGACUUCGUCCUCCGUUUUUACAGGUCUCGUUCAAAUUCUCGCUAUGAACGCUCUAAGGGUAACGGCGAGGAGGCAUCUUGCGUCCUCUACUCGUCGGUUCGCGUCCACGUCUACCGAGACGGCCCAGCAAAAGGCUCAGGGAGCCGCGCAGGACGCCCAGGCCAAGGCCAAGGACUUCCUCGCAACGGCGAACGUGACAGGCAAGAAGGCAAUUGAGGCCGGCAAGAAGGCACUGGGACCUUUGGGAGAGCGAGUUGGUAACCUACUAGGUGCCUACAAGCAGCCGCUCUUCUACAACACUGCCGUUGCUCGCGAAUUCCUCAAGCAGGUUUACCUUGCGGAGCGCCUACAACCGCCCACCUCCUUGUCCGCCAUUCAAUCCGCCUACUCCACGCUGUGGUCACGGGCAUCCUCGCCGACCUACUGGCGUACUAUUUUCUCCAACGGGGAAUGGGUCAAGGUCGGGGUUUAUGGUAUUGAGGCUUAUGGCGUCUUCAAGAUCGGCGAAAUCGUCGGUCGCAGAAGCCUGGUUGGCUACGACCUUCACUAGACAGUAUAAUUGUUAUUAUUGUCCGAGCAAUGCUACUAUGACAUUGUCAUAGCUCCUCGGUUGGAAUCCCUGGAAUGCCGUUCUCCCUCGCCUUGCACCUCGUCUGGAGACUGGAAGAAAUCAUGUCCAUAGAAGUGGAAU